AUGAAGAACGCCGCCGCCCUUCUUACUCUCCUCCCCCUUGUCGCCGCCCACGGCUUCAUCAAGUCCCCCACCCCCCGCAAGCCCGGCAAUGCCUUCAAGGCCGCCUGUGGCGAGCAGCCCUUCUACCAGCAGUCGUCCGACAUCAACGGCAACGUCCAGGGCAUCAAGCAGGUCGUCGGCAGCAGCUUCGACGCCACCGACUGCAACCUCUGGCUCUGCAAGGGCUUCCAGUUCGACGACAACAAGGACAACGUCCAGAGCUACAAGCUGGGCGAGAAGAUCCCCUUCGAGAUCAACAUUGCCGCUCCCCACACCGGCUACGCCAAUGUCUCUGUCGUCAAGACCUCUUCCGACAGCAUGAUCGGCGAGCCCCUCAUUGAGUUCGAGAACUACGCUUCCAACGCCGGCACCGCCGCCAACAACACCGCCUUCAGCGUCACUCUCCCCGAGAGCCUCGGCGGUGACUGCACCAAGGCUGGUGACUGUGUUCUCCAGUGGUUCUGGGAUGCUCCCGAUAUCGACCAGACCUACGAGGCCUGUGUUGACUUUGUCGUCGGUGGCUCCGGCUCCGGCUCUACCAAGCCCACUGCUCCCGCUGCCACCUCCGCUCCUGUUGCCACCUCUGCUCCCGUUGCCACCUCCGCCGCCGCCGAGAAGCCCGUCCCCACCACUCUCCAGGCCGUUGCCGCGACCACCUCCAUUGUCCCCUCCACCACUGAGGCCCCUGUCUCUGGCGACGACGAGGACUGCGAUGACGAGGAGCCCGCUACCGGUGAUGACGAUGAGGACUGUGACGACGAUGAGGAGCCCGAUGUCUCUAACCAGUCUGCUGAGGACGAGGACUGCGAUGAGGAUGAGGAGCCCGCUACUGGUGAUGAGGACGAGGAGUGCCCUGCCGACGAGGGUGAUGACUACUGA